UAAAUAAAAAUAAAAAAUAGGAAAAACAAAAGCACCAUCUUUGCUUGUUGUCCAAUUCAAAAAUCAACCUAGAAGAUCCGCAAGAUUCUGUAUGAAAAUCUCCCCCCGAUCUUAUUUGCCUUUCCAAACUGUCAGAUUUCCCAUCAAUGGCUUCCCCUUUUAUUAAGUCACCCCAUCUCCCCCUUUCCCUUCAUCUUUUCCAUUUCCCUUCUUGGUUCUUUUUCUGGGGUUUUGUUUUGAAUCAUAACAACAAUCAUGGGUAUGGCUAUUGAUCGUGAUGACACCCAGUUUCAUGUUCUUGCUGUUGAUGAUAGUCUCAUUGAUAGGAAGCUCAUUGAAAGGCUCCUCAAGACUUCCUCUUUUCAAGUUACUGCUGUGGAUUCUGGAAGUAAAGCAUUGGAGUUUCUUGGAUUGAAUAAUAAUGAUGCUGAUGAUGAUGAAGAAGAUGAACAAAGGGAUUCAAACACUGAAUCUGUUUCGUCUGAUGAAGAUCAAGAUCAUCAAGAUUUGGGAUUGGGGGUGAAUUUGAUUAUCACUGAUUAUUGUAUGCCUGGGAUGACUGGCUAUGAUCUUUUGAAAAAGAUCAAAAAAUCAUCAUCUUUCAAAGACAUACCAGUUGUCAUCAUGUCUUCUGAGAAUAUCCCAUCGAGAAUCAACAGAUGUUUGGAAGAUGGAGCUGAAGAAUUCUUUUUGAAACCAGUUCAAUUAUCUGAUGUAAACAAGCUCAGGCCUCACCUGAUGAAAGGAAGAUCCAAAGACAUUGACUCCUCUCAUAAAACAACAUCCACUCGUUUGAUUACCUCUGGGAACUAAUUGAUUUAAUCUUUCUAUUGGUUUUUUGAGAUUUGGAACUUUCUCGGGAAAUUUUUCUUUUAUUCUCUCUCCUUUUUCUUUUUCCUUAUCCUUCAUCUCUAUGCUUAUACAGAUUCGGUGUAUAUGAUUUUAGUUUCAUUUGAAAGCAAGAAUCAUAUUUCCAAUGUAAAUUAUCCUAAGGAAAAACAUAACUCAAUUUUGUUUA